AUGGUCUUCAAGUUCGUGAUCUUCUCAUCUUUCGUGGCAUUGGCCUACGCAAGUGCACCAGCUGCCAUAGGUGCCGCACCAGUGGCUGCGGCACCGGUCGCGUACUCACCGUCUUUUGCAAGAAUAGAAGAAUACGAUGCCUUUCCGCAGUACAGAUUUGGAUAUGAUGUUGCUGACUCCCUAACUGGGGACUACAAAAGCCAGCAGGAGCAGCGUGAUGGAGAUUUCGUACAAGGCUCGUACUCCCUUGUGGAUCCCGAUGGCACACGCCGUACCGUUGACUACGCUGCUGAUCCUGUCAAUGGAUUCAACGCAGUCGUCCGCAAGGAGCCUUUGGUUGCUGCUGCCCCGGCUGUAGUCGCCGAACCCGCUGUAGUGCCAGCUCGUAUUGCAGCCGCUCCCGUUGCCGUUGCCGCUAAGGUUGCCGCUCCCGUAGUCGCUCAACCUGCUGUAGUUUCUGCUCGUUACGCUGUGGCUGCUCCUGCACUCGCUGCUCCCGCCGUUGCUGCGCCCGUAAUCGCAAAGUACGCCACCGCACCAGUCGCCGCUCCCGUGGCAGCUCCAGUUUACGCUCGCUACUCUGCUGCUCCAGUUUACGCCCGCUAUGCUGCCACUCCAGUUUACGCCCGCUACGCUGCCGCUCCCGUGGUCACGGCUCGUUACACAGCUGCUCCUGUCUUUGCUCGAUAUGCCGCAGCUCCCGUCGUAGCUACCAAUGCUGCGUAUACUGCCCCUGUGGCCGCCUAUACCGCACAAGUGGCUGCAUACAGUGCCCCAGUCGCGGCAGCUUAUGCUCCAGCGCGUUUGGCGGUGGCUCCUGCUGCUGCUCCGGUAGCCCCUGUAGCCCGCGCAGCGCCCGCAAAAAUUGUGGAAUCCGCCGCCGCCGGACACCGUUAUCCUUAG